GGCGCGGGCCGUUGCGAGACCGGCCUAACUGCCCGCUUUGCGAAACGUCCCCUCAGGCGGCGCCGAGCUUCCUGCUUCGCUUGCUCUUGGGAGGCCGCUGCUGCGCUCUCGGGGAGCGAGUGACCGCUCGGGUCGCUCAGGUAGUUCAGCGAGGUGGAGUCCGGCUCAACCUGCCUCUGCGGCGGCCCGACACCGCGCCGAGGAUUAGGCUCAGCCUUCAGCAGGGACGCGGUCGGAAAUCGUUGUAACUUCUAGGAAACGUGCUGUUUUUCCUGAGCUGUUGUUAGAGUGUUUUUCGGUACGGUUGCAAGAUGUAGCUUAGCAAAUGGCGGCACAGUGUGUGACGAAGGUGGAGCUGACUGUUGCCUGCACUGAUCUCCUGGAUAAAGAUGUUGGUUCCAAGUCAGACCCGCUGUGUGUCCUUCUCCAGAACACAAGUGGUCAGCAGUGGUAUGAGGUUGAUCGCACAGAAAGAAUUAAGAAUUCCUUGAACCCAAAGUUUGCCAAGAAAUUCCUAAUCGAUUAUUAUUUUGAGCUUGUUCAGAAACUUAAAUUUGGAAUAUAUGACAUUGACAACAAGACCUUUGAUCUAAGUGAUGAUGAUUUCCUUGGAGAAUUUGAAUGUACGCUGGGUCAAAUAGUUUCUACCAAGACUUUAACAAAACCAUUAGUGCUUAAAAAUGGCAGACCUGCUGGAAAAGGCAGUAUUACGAUUACAGCAGAAGAAGUGAAGGAUAACAGAGUAGUUGUUUUGGAAGUAGAAGCAAGGAAAUUGGACAAUAAGGUAUUUAAGUGAUUGCUGUUUCUGUGAUGAAGCAGUAAAAUUGGAAUCUUGUCAAAAGAGGAAACAUUAAAAUGUUCAUUCUUAUGUUUGGUUGAAGUAAUCAGGUCCAUUAAGAUUUUGCUUACACUAGAAGAAAAAUGAAGAACGAUAACUUCAGAAUAACAUUGACUGCUUUAAAAUAAAUUACAACUAUUGCAGGGAUAUUCCUAGAACAGCACUUCUCCAUUUAAAUAUAAAUCUUCACAUUUAAUUAAAAAGAUAAGGGAGUUUUUGUGUAUCUAUUAGUGAUCAGUUGUGUAACUGGUCUCCUGUAAGCUUAUUAUGAUUAGAUGUAAGCUUAUCUAUGAUUAGAUGAUCUGCAGAGGCUCCUUCCAACUUCAACCACUCUGUGAACGCUCAGAACUCAAACUUCUGAAAACAUUACCCACCAGGUGUUUUAUCUAAAUUAUUAUGCAUUUAUUUCUUCAGGAGUAUUUUUUAAGUAUUUAUUUUUUCUCUUAUUUUGACCAUAUCUUGUCUUGCAUCGAAAUCACAGUAAUACUGCUGUUCUUGAUACUGCAAAUGUCAGAUCAUGUGAGAAUUAAAGCACUAGAAGCUACAGCCAA